ACUACCAAUGUAGUGCCACCUCAUCCACGAACAGUGAGCUACCAUCCAGAAGCCCUCAGAGAGCUUCCAGCAAGUUCCACAUCCUUGUGGCCGUCUCCAGUACGUUGAUAAUCCAAGCAGUGUUCACUGCUCUUUGGAGAACAAUGAGUUCGAUGGGAAUGGAAAUCCUUGCCUUCAUCAUUUCUGUAUCUGGCUGGAUUCUCAUCUCGUCCACCUUACCCACGGACUACUGGAAGGUAUCUUCCAUCGAUGGCACAGUCAUCACCACAGCCACCUUCUGGUCCAACCUCUGGAAGACCUGCGUCACAGAUUCGACGGGAAUUUCAAACUGCAAGGAUUUCCCUUCCAUGCUGGCUCUGGAUGCUUACAUCCAGGUGUGCAGAGGACUUAUGAUCUCCUCCGUUUGCCUCGGCUUCUUCGGAUCCAUCUUCGCGUUGGUCGGCAUGAAAUGCACCAAGAUCGGCGGGGCUGACGGCAGCAAAGCCAAGCUGGCCUUCCUGGCCGGUGUCAGCUUCGUGCUCACUGGGCUGUGCUCUUUGACCGCGUGUUCCCUCUACGCUCACAGGAUCACAUCCGAGUUUUUUGAUCCGAUGUUUCUUGCACAAAAGUUUGAGCUGGGGGUGGCCCUCUUCAUUGGGUGGGCUGGCUCAGUCCUCAGCAUUAUAGGGGGCGCUAUUUUCUGCUUCUCCCUGGCAGGGACCUUUAAAACAAGUCGUGCAGAAUACUCUUACAGUGGGGCUACCUCAUUCGGCACGUCACAGACCAAAGGCGUCAGCAAGCACCCUAACCCACCCAAGACCACGUCGGACUACAGGGCCACUUCCAGGCAGUUUGGCCAAACUCAGACGACACUGCAGGGGACUCAAGAUGGAUUCUCUUGCCAGCCAAAGACACUGGAUCCAGUGUGA